GCAAUGUGUUCAGGGUCCGGCUCGAUCACGAAUCUUGCAUCCCCACAGCGAUUUGAACAGUAUUCAAUCGUCGGAUCGACUCGGAACACGCAUCAUGCUUCGACAAUUGACUCCUUUGGACAAAUACCAUCGAGCAGUUUCAUCACUGGUACUAUCACAUGUCCUUGACGUCGUCUUCUGUGGAGUAUAAAACAGACAGCACCAACAAUCAAUUGCCAACAACCUCUUUACAAGUGAAAUCAACUCACCAUCAUGUUUAUCCACCUCUCUACUGCGUUCGUUGUUCUCCUCGGCCUGACGGCCCUUGUCAACGCUGGAGUGCCAGCUGCUCGCCACGCUGCUCCCAUUGACAAGCGUAGCACUGCUGUGACCCGAGCCAAUUAUUUAGUACUUGCGCGCGAAGAGUCUCCAGAACCGGACCCAGGCAAGAAGCCAGUAGUAACUGGGCGUGAGGAGUCUCCGGAACCGGACCCAGGCAAGAAGCCAGUAGUAACUGGGCGUGAAGAGUCUCCGGAACCGGACCCAGGCAAGAAGCCAGUUCUAACUGGGCGCGGACUCUGAACCUAUGAUGAUUACGCCGUAGUAAGACUUGUUUGGCGUGUUGACUCACGGAACACUGUACACAAGGCAACCACUAUGCAAAAUCAGAGCUUUAUGCAGAACAAGUUACAAGGAAUGUCAAGUAGAAUAGUGCUCGAUGAGGUUGAGAUAUGAGGUGUAUUACCGAUUGCAUGACUGUAUGGAAAGC